UGGGCGGAAGUGCUCAGGCAGGUACGCUAGUUCCUGGAUGUGAUGCGGAUCAAGGUUAGGUCUCAGAGAACCGGUUCAGGAUCAGCGACAGAAGCGCUCUGACACGCCGGGAGGGGCGUCCUUCAGCACGGCCCGACCUCCACAGCGAUCAGACCGCAUCCGGAGCUCUCGGGGCGCCGAGAGGGUCAUGUCCACACCCGGGUUCAGUGGGAGUGGGAGGCUGCGGAGCAGCGGGCUCGCACCGUGGCUCAAAGCCACCUUCUCGGUUCUGGGCUCGGCUGUUGCGAUGCUUGCUGUGGGUGCCUUCUGCGCUCUCACCUAUCCCAUCCUGAGAGACCUGCGGGCGGAGAGGCUGAGAGGCGAGAAUGGGACUGAAGAGACGAUCCUGGGUUUCUGGAGCAUCCUGACAAUCUCAACUGUUGCCGGAUGCAUCUCCUGUAUCUUCUCGUGGUCUCUCACUCAGCUGGACUCGCACCAGCCUGGCAUGGCCUUCCCCAGCCUCCUGUCUCUGCUUGAUUUCAGAGACCCUUCCAGCCACGGAUUCAAUGUGACCUCUGGACUAGCCGUUCUGAAUGGCAUCCUGGCCACGCUGACUCUCAUCUGGAGCCUCUCCUGAGGCUUCGUUCUCAGCUGCACAGAGACCUGAAGACAAUUCACUCUGUAUGAGACUUUUGGACUUUUUAUUUAUAUUUCUGUAUGACAAGAUAAGGGAUCGAGCAUUAGAGCCUUGGGAACAUGGGCGAACCUGGAAAUUCUACAGUUGCAAUUUGGAAUAUUGUACUUUUUUUUUUUUUUUUACCAUUUAUUGCUGUACUCACAUUCAAUUCUCUCUAUUUUUAUGAGUAUAAAGAAACAUUCAAGUCA